CAAAUCAAUGGAAAUCUUGCUAAGAUUAAUGCUUAAAAUUGUGAUUUUAUAUUGGAACGCGACAGAUUUGUUUAUUUUCGUUUUGCAUUCAGCAGCCAUUCCGGCUUGUUGGAAAAGAACAUUUAUUAAAAUAUUUUGGAAUUAUACCCAAACACGAAGGCCUAAAUGUUGAAAUACAAUGGUAAGCUGCGCUGUAGCUAAUUGCAAGAACACGUCGGCAAAGAUAUCAAAAGAUAAAGAUGGAAUUACGUUCCACAGGUUUCCCCGGGAUAAGGAAAGAAGGAAGCAGUGGGAGUUAGCAGUGAAUAGAGAAGAGGAAUGGAGUUCCACUGCGUCUAGUGCAGUUUGUUCUGAACAUUUCGAAGCUAAGGACUUUUACUUGACGGAGAGUGGACUAAGACGACUGGCGGUAGACGCUGUGCCGGCUAUUAAUAUAUCUCCAUGUCAAGAACCAGAGCCAACAAUAUCUCGCGUCCAACCCAUAGACAUACAACCAACAGACUCUGAAGAGGUAAUAAAACUCAAAUACAAGGUCCACAGACUAGAAAUAAUUGCAGAAAACAGAAAAAAAAGACUGAACCUUAUGCGGCAAGGAAAGAAGCAGCUGCGGAGAAAGUUGGAACGCAUGAAACUAUUGAUAAAGCAUUUGAUUAAGAGUAAAAAAGAUAGUGGAGUUAGCUUAGGCAAAGAAAUUGAUAGAUAGUAUUAAAAUAGUUUAGAAUAAGUUUAAGAAAAAUAAUCCUAACUAAAUUGUGGUAAAUCGACUGCGAGCAGUUUUGUUGCAAAAGCAAAAAUUUUUGAUUUGUGUUUGAUGGCCCACCAAUUAGCCAAAACUGAAAGAUUAAGGUGAAUGCAAUGACAAGUAGGAAAUUGAAAUAAAAUGAUGUGGAUACUUUACCUAAGUCAAUAUCAGACAUGAGUUGUGAUAUUUUCAUUUGUACUUAUAAUCUAUACUAAUAUUAUAAAGCUGAAGAGUUUCUUUGUUUGUUUGAACGCGCUAAUCUCAGGAACUACUAGUCCGAUUUGAAAAUUUCUUUCAGUGUUAGAUAGCCCAUUUAUCGAGGAAGGCUAUAGGCUACUUUUUAUCCCGGUACGGGAAGUAGUUCCCACGGGAUGCGGGUGAAACCGCUGGCAGAAGCUAGUAUGAAACAUAUUAUUGGUUGCCUUAAAGUUUUUUUGGAGAAACAUUUGAAUUUAAACUACUUGCUCCGUUUUUGCUUGAUAUUGAUAACGCAAGGAUGAUGAAACAUUAGAAGAAGAAUGCAACACAAGAUGCAAUAUUAGAAGAAUAUAAAUAGAGUAAAAAAUGUACUUAAAAAAGUUAAUAAUUCAAUUUUAUUAAUUCUGUUAGUAUUGUGAAUCUCCUAUACAUAUUUAUUUUUAACAAAAAGUGUUGCAUGUUAAUACAGUAUUUCAUUCAAGAAUCUAGGACAGAUUAAAAUAAACAAAAAUGUAAAAAUGUUUA